ACGUGUAUAAAUGUACGAGACUCGAACAUUCUGAGGUGCGUGCCUAAACUAAGGUUGCUCUUAUUUAUAGUUAUUCCCCAUGCAAUGUGGGUGUCGCAAACCUGAUCUUACAAUCUGCCAUUCAUCUGAGGCUUAAAAGACUCUAUUUUCAUCAGUUUUAUGGCUAACAGUUGCCCGAUUUUUCCAAACCAACCAGACGUCUAGAGCCGGAGUCGACAUGGCACGCUCUUCAAUCCGCGUGCGCUUGUUGUUUGACGACUGCACUCCAUUACGCCCCGGCAGUGUUGGCCGGAGGAAGUGUUGGUUUUUGCUGAACAUCGAUGCGUGUCGCAGAAUUACCGACGUAGAGUAUUGCAUUCAGAAGACAUUCUGUCUUGGAGGAUCGUCUCAGAUUGAACUGCUGCUGGAUGAUUUUGUUCUUCCUCCUUUUGAAAAGUCAGAGAUUAUCAAAGAAAAUGAUUUAAUCAGGGUGAGAUUACUCGGUGAAGCUGAUGCAAAGCAUGAUGAAGCACAGAAGAAGAAAAAGGCUCAUGCACCCACAAAGCAUGAAAUAAGUAGUAAUGUCAAAAAUUCUAGAGCUAAAAAGAAAAAGAAAACCAAAGAAAACCAAACAGACAUUGAUAGGACUCAUAGGAGUCAUCAAGAUGGAUUGGCGAAUGAUGCAAGAGGAUCCAAAAAAGAGAAAACAAAAGGAGUUGCUCAACAGAAAUGCAAAGAAAAUCAAUCUGUGGCUGCAUCUGGAGCAGUGAAUGGAACCCCGAAAAAUACCUCUGCAGUUCACAAACAUUCAAUUAAAAAAGUACGGACAUAUUCCAGUUCCUCAUCAGAUUCCAGCUCAGAAGAUGCUGACCAAGCAAGAAUAUCCUUGAAGAAAAACAGUUCUCACAAAGGUGCUGCCAGGAGAAAGCUAAAACAAAAGUCACCAGUGCAAUCUUUGAAUUGUACACAGAGUUCUGCAAACCCUGGAACCUCUGCUCUUCCUGUGGCAGGCUCAGGAAACCAAGAAAUCAAAGCCAAUGGGAGCAAGUGCAAUGGAUCCAGGCUACAGCAUUCUGAAACUGAAUCAAGCUCGACAGAAGAGGAGAGGGUUGCCGGGCAUAGAAAACCUCUGAAGAAUACAGCAUUAGUACUUAUCAAAAAGUCAGUGAAUGAUAGUGUGGGAAGUCCCAAGAGCAAACAAGCUCCUAGGACAAGAACUGUCAGUUCACCCUCCACUUCGUCAGUGUCUUCUCUAUCUUCUGCGUCCUUGUCAUCGGACUCUGAUGAGCAUCAACAGAAGCAGACUUUGCAAACUGGUGCAAAGCCAGGAAGAACCUUCACAAACCAAGAACUUACGAACUGUCCAACAAAUGCAAAAGAUCUUGCUAGCAGUAAAAAUGCUCUGGUGAGAAAAUCGGUGCUGAAGUCCUCCAGUGGGCAUGUUAGAUUUUCAUCAAACUCAGACGGUAGUGAAUCGGAAGCUGGUGAUUCCCAAUCCUCUGGGAGUCCUAGUCAGGUAGUCAAACAAAUGAACCUUGAGCCAACUAAUUCCAUGACUGCAGCCAAGAUGAGGGAAGGCAAUGUUGUAGGGAUGGAGGAGUCUCAUGGCAAUAGCUUGCAAGGAAAAGGAUGUGAGCAUGAUGAUUUUGAGAACCAAUCUUCUGUGAUAGAGGGUAAUUCUACUUCAGCUGAUGGAAUACAGACAAAGCUUUUGGCCAUUGCUGGACAGAAACCCAAGCAGUCCAGGAAACCAACGAAGCAAGUCUCAAAGCCUGAACAGCCCAAGAAGUCCAAAGACUACAGCAGCUACCCACCUCUAGUUGGACCACCACGUGCUGGAGACACAAUUGCCUAUAAGAUUCUGGAGCUGUCUGGAUUGUACACACCAGAAGUUUCAGAUUACAAGGAAGGAGAAGUGAUCAACUACAAUCAUUCCAACUCCAUGAUAGAGCUCCGACUCAGUGAUGUUGCCAUGGCAGUAGAACCAAACAGAGAUGGUGGGAAGUUUGAGAUGGAAUCAGAAGAGGUUGAUGAAGAGCCUGCUGAAUCACUGCCUCAAAACAGAUUGGUGUUGGUGACUUUGCCUUCUCUGAUUGAUCCAAAGCUAAUCACAUGACAUCAAGUCAAAGGUCGUGACGUGCACAUGCAGUUGACGUCUUCCGUCUGAAGAUACUCACUUGGCUAUUGAUGCUGUGGUAUUCUAUCUCCUAUUGUAUAUGUUUUAAUGCCAUUUGUCAUGAUGAAAUUAAGAUGUGUACCUGUGCCUUUGUUAGUGCAGUCUAGUAUUAACUUGAGCAUUUUGAUGUUCAUUUUGAUUUGUACUUCAAUGAUAUUUGAUAGUAGUUUUAUGUCUUGAGUCGAUGAUUGUUUUGAUUCAAUAACUCCAGUGUCACUAAAAUGCAUUGAGUUAUCUAAGUUAACGUAAAUCCAUUGUUACAUCAGUACAAACACAUUUGAAAAGAUUGCUGCAAACAUAACAUAUAACUAGAUGACUGGUUCAUUUUGUGAAUGGACAAUCUAUGAUCAAGGG